AAAAAAAUGACAGUUGACAGUGAUAUUUGUUAACAAAUUUCGCGGCAUGCCACUCACAUGUUAGACUUUAAAAUGUAAUAUCAUUAAAUAUUAUUUAUUUAAAAUGGCCACUGAUCCUUGCAAAAUCUGUGGUAGCACGGAUCUAAACCUCGUUGACGGGUUUUAUUACUGUGUUGAAUGCGGCACUCAGGAUGUCAAUGCCAGGGAGACCGUCGUUGAACAAACUAUGUUGGCGGAUGGAACUUUUGCCCAUACUACCAUCAAAAAAUACAAAACCGUCCUUGAGGAUUCCAUCGAGAUGAGUGGAGAGUGGCAUAAAUGGCAUGCAUAUAACUUCAUCCUGUCUGGUCUAACUGAUGAGCUUAUAGCUCUGGGUGCAGCACCCAGUGUCAAAACAGUUGUUAUGUGGAUCUGGGUGCGAUAUAUUAAGAAGUUCCAAGUUAAGGAGGACAAGGAAAACAACAAUAAUUUUGAUGAUGAUAGUUUAGGCGGAUCAAAGAAACAUUGUGAUAAUUCUAGUAUAAUAUCAAACGAUCUCAGCACGGAGUCAUUUAAGAGAGACACAGAGAAAUUCAAACGUUACAUAAAUAUAGUAACUAAAGGGACGUUACUGACCAUAUUAUAUUUAGCUUUAAACUUGGAUAGAAGUGACAUACAGCUGUCGCACAUAUUCCGGUACAUAAGAGAGGGGCGGCUCAGUUUGUAUACCUGUGUCAAAUAUGUGCCCAAGGAGCUCAGCACUAAAUCAAUACCUCACUGGAUGAGUUUUGUCCGAUGUCAGAAUGAAUACACACCGAAAGUAAUACGAGCCAUGGCGAUGACGUUUUUCAAAUGUCUCGAUCUGGGAGUUCCUCUCGUACCCGAUCUGAAUAAAAUCCUAACUAAUUAUAUCAAGGAAUUAUGCUUACCAAAAGAUUUUAAACGCUUGGUGCUAUCUCUUAUGAAUUUAAUGCCAUGUGAUCAUUUGGUUAUAAAAAGCUGUUGCGGGAGGAAAAUUGUUCGUGUGCCGGAUUACGAAGGUACUUGCAUGGCUUACGUUCUGGUAGCCUUGAAAUUAUGUUUUGGCUGUGACGACGAUUACGAAAUGAAGCUGUCUGAUGAAGUCGAUAGAAUCAAUUGUGAGGAAAAUCAUUUAAGAUCAUAUAAACUAGGAAUGUAUUCUGAUCCGAGUGAGCGUCUCCUGUCAUUCCGUGAAUGGUGCACUUAUUUGCAGUUUAGGAAAACAAUUCUAUGCAAAUAUUAUCUACCGUUGGCACGACAGAUGCAUAUGCCGAUCGAUGAUGCUGUGUUAAUGGACCAUUUGGAGAAGAGGAUCAAAAGAAAGCCUAAAUUACGUGAUGAAGUCACAAUGGACAUUUUGAAUAAAAUUAUGCUCUCUGACGACAAAGUCGCGAUACCUAAGACUGAGUUUCCAGCUACUUUGACGCCUAUGACCUCUUACACAGAUGUCAUAAUAGAGUACAUACAAGACCCCGACUUCAAAUUACUUCUCUGCGAAGAUUUCUCUCAAUAUUCUCUCAAAUAUGCGACAACUGAUUUAAAGUUACCAACCGAAGACUUUAAAAUAAGAGGUGUCAGUAAGAACGGUAAAGUUAUAAAUCCUUACGUCGUUGGCACGCUGCAGGCUAGGAAAGGCGACAACACUAUGGUGUUUAUAAGAAAUUGUGAGAAUAAGAAUUGGCUGAAAACUAAACCGCCCAGUGUAGAACAUGUUGUGAAAGUAACCAGCAAAAGCUCGGACGAUAGCGAUCAGAGCUGCGAUUCAGUUAUAGACAUAACGCAACCGGAAACAGACUUGAAUGGAACGUCGACCGAAAAACCGGAAGAGGAAAUAGAAUUCGAAACAAUCGAUACAGAAGAAUGGGAUAAAUCAAUAUUCGACGACGAUUUCCUUGACUUGGAAGAUAGAGAUAAUAAAAAUGACAGCAAAGCUGGAAGCAACGAAAAUAUAUUUGAUUUCAUUAAUAACGAGAAUGAUGAUAUUGGUCAUAGAGAUUUUCAAGAUAGUAAAAUAGAUUUACAGAAUAGCAUUAAUGUAGAAGACGCGUACGAAUCAAGAGACGAGGACGAUUACGAUCCAGAGACGUUCGAUAGGAAUAAAGCCAUUAAGGAACUGAUUGACUUGGCGUGCGAGAAAUACAAGAUACCAAAGCCAAAAGAAAAACAAACACAACCGAGGACACAGAAGAGGAAGAGCAGUUUGAUAAAUGACGAGACAGGAGUCGGCGAACCGAAAAGAGUCAGACAGAUCGAUAAACAAGCGAGAAUGGAAGCUAGAACAGCCACUAAAGAAAUAUUAGCAGCGUAUUACAAGAAUAUAGAAGAAGAUAUACUACAGCAAGUCUCUGAACACGUUAAAACUGUCAUACAAAACACUGACAUAGUAAACGAGACCGUUCACGAAGAACCUCCCGAAGAAACAACGGCUGAUGGAAAUAUAGAAGAAAACAGUAUUGAGAAAGAAUCGAAUCAGUCUGUGAUAAGCAGCAUCCAUCCGAACGCUACUGUACUCGAUACGUUAAACGACGAAGACGAUCGCACGUACGAGCCAGUCGAUCCCAACUUCGACGAGAAAACUCACGACAUAAAACAACUGUACGUGAAAUUUAAUAAACAGGACAUCAAUGUAUCAGAUCACUUACUGGACAUACAACAUGAUAUUGACAUCGAGAAAAUUAUUGAAAAGAAAAUUGACGAAUCCCAAAACGGUGUGACAGUGACACAGAGCGAUAAUGUUGAAGAUAUCGGUGAUAGACACGAGAAACAAGUUCAGAAACAAACAAAUAAUACGUUCAUUACUGAAAAGAGACUAUAUCCGGAUCCGUUUAUUAAGACGGAAUUGAAGAAAUACCGUUACUGGCUGCGUCAUUAUAAAACAAUAACGUUCGCUCGCUGCCUGGAUAUGAAUUACAAAUUCGAUUUAGAAUUAUUGGAGAACUGUCCAAAGAGUUUUAUAUUUGUCAUAAAAGAAUGCGCGGCCAUCUUGGAUUGCACAACAUUCUGUCUUUACAAAUGUAUGCAGAAUUUAGAAGUAUCCUUGAUGGCUUUAAAUAAAUAGUGCGCGCAGGUGAUAUUAGGUAUAGGUUAUCUGUGAUAUAAAAAAAUAUUGUUUUAUCUAUGAUUUUAUUUCGUCGAUUUGCGCUUAUUGACUAUUUAUUGUAUUAUUAUUUAUUAUUGUAAUGUUAUGAUGUCGUUGUAAGAUUAACUAUUUGUUACAUAGAACUAUUAAAAAUGAGGUUGUAGUCUUUGAAUAUACGUUUUAUAUCUAAGAA